CCCCCAGGGUCGCUGCACGCAUGUGCCCUCCUGCCAGCCAAUCAGAGACGCUCCCGGACGAGGCGAGGUCGGCUUUUCUUCCGCGAGAAUUCUGACCUGCUUCGGAAUAGCUUCGAGGCUGUGAAGAGAAAACAUCGAAAAAUGGUGCCCUCAGGAAGAAAACAUACCGGGAAAUCUGGGAGGACAUUCAUGGAGGAUCAGGUUAUAAGAGCCUGUGACUUUGAGAAAGUAGAUAAAAAACAUCUGAUUGGUUCAGAGGAUGUCAUCGAAGGGAAGACUCCAGUACUUGAUAAACAUGGGAAGAAAAGGACUUCUGCAGGAAAAGUUGAAGACGUGGGGGGUGAAGUGCAGAAUAUGCUGGAAAGAUUUGGAGCUGAUAUUAACAAGGCUCUUCUUGCCAAGAGAAAAAGACUAGAAAUGUAUACCAAGGCUUCUCUCAAAACCAGUAACCAGAAAAUUGAAAACAUUUGGAAAACCCAACAAGAGCAAAGGCAGAAGCUUAACCAAGAAUAUUCUCAGCAGUUUCUGACUUUGUUCCAGCAGUGGGAUAUAGAUGUGCAGAAAGCUGAUGAACAAGAAGAAAAACUAACUAAUAUGUUUCGACAGCAACAGAAAGUUUUUCAACAGUCUAGAAUUGUUCAGAACCAGAGACUGAAAACAAUUAAACAAUUAUAUGAGCAGUUCAUAAAGAGUAUGGAGGACUUGGAGAAGAAUCACGAUUAUCUACUUACUGGUGCACAAAACGAACUUAGAAAAGAAAUGGCUAUGUUGCAAAAAAAAAUUAUGAUGGAAACGCAGCAGCAAGAGAUGGCAAAUGUUCGAAAGUCUCUUCAGUCCAUGUUAUUCUGAUGACUCUUUGAAGGAAUAACUUGAACCUAAGUAAUAUGAUACAAUUAUAACAUUAGCUAAGAGGCAUGUAAGUUUUUAGAGUGGUUGAAAAUUCUGGUUUAAAAUAUUACAUCAUAUUAAUCAUUAGCUUAAGUGCAAGACCCUUCUUCUUCACCUCCAAAUAAAAUAAUGAAGAUAUGUGAGUAGCAGCAAUUCCUAAAUUAUAUGUACCACUGUGCUUUCAGCUCUUUAAUACUAAUAGUGAUUUUUUCUAACAUUUGUCAAUUAACUCUUAGCAAUAAAUAUGA